AGUCCCGAUACGCUGUUUGGAGGACUCUAGGGAACAGAAAGAUGUGAGAAACAGGCAGUCGCACAAAAGGUAAAACAAUUGUGCUCCACUGGAGCCUUACCAGAUCAGCACAUACUUGGCGGGCACAGGAGGAUAUGUUACAGGGCCGGUCCCAUCUGCGUGUCUCCGCUGCUGGGCCUCGUCAGCUUGCAUCUCGCAGUACCCUUGCCUUUACACUGCACUUUGCUUGGCAUCAAGGAAGACAAUAAAAGCUUUUUUUCGAAAAAUGAGCUCCCUCGCCGUCUGGACUUUGGCGUUUCACUUCUUCUCCACGUGGAAACUCCUGCCUCUUUUCCAGCAUCAACACCUGUCCAUCAGCCGACUACGCAUGCGACACUUUCGACGCCAUUCCAAACAGGCCGCUAAGAUUUGGUGAACAGUCCCGAUAUGCUGUUCGGAGGACUCUAGAGACCAAAAAGAUGUGAGAAACAGGCAGUCGCACAAAGGCUGCUAACAUUUGGUGAACGGUCCCGAUACGCUGUUUGGAGGACUCUAGGGAACAGAAAGAUGUGAGAAACAGGCAGUCGCACAAAAGAUCAUCCCUGCUGCUCGCCCCGGCUCACCGACACUAUCUAUAGCAAGCGCUUGUUGCCUAGUUACCACCAAGCCUCCUGUACGUCCGGCUGCGGACACCUCAUGUGAGGCACGCGUCACUAUGACAAAACGAUCCCACGAUGCCAGAGGACACGGCGUUCCAGAAGCGGGCGGCACAUGCGGAAAUUGUUCACAGUCAGCAGCUACAGUAUCUCCUGCAAAGACCUGAAACCUGGUGACAUCUGUCCAAGCUGAAAUGCACUAUCUACAUUAACCACAGGAUUUACUCUGCUGUAACAGGACAGGACAAUGGCACAGUUACAGUUUAAAGAUGUUUUCUGGUGUACAGAUUUAAUUCUGAAUACGGGAUAUGACAUUAUCCUACAGAGAUUACUAGAUGGCAGGAAAAUGUGUAAGGAUGUGGAGGACCUUCUGAAGCAGAGGGCCAUCGCAGAGGAAAAAUAUGGAAAGGAAUUAGUUCAAAUUGCAAGAAAAGCUGGGGGACAAACAGAAAUCAAUAAACUGCGGGAGUCCUUUGAUACUAUGAAAGAACAAAUUGAGAGUAUAGGUCAAUCGCACAUCCAACUGGCGACAGCACUGAGAGAGGAACUGCAGAGUUUGGAGGAUUUCAGAGAGAGGCAGAAGGAACUGAGGAAAAAGUAUGAGUAUGCCAUGGAGCGUCUGCAGAAGAAUAAAGUAUCCUUGUACAAGAAGACCAUGGAUUCAAAGAAAAAUUAUGAGCAGAAGUGCAGAGAUGCAGAGGAAGCUGAGCAGAGCUUUGAACUUGUGGCAAUAUCAGGAAAUGCUAAACAAGUAGACAAGUGCCAGAACAAGCUGAAGCAGUACAAGGAUGCCGCUGUUGAAGCAGACAAGUUAUACAAGCAAAACAUUUGUUUACUGGACAAAGCUCGCAUUGAGUGGGAGCUGGAGCACAUUAACACCUGUGAGGCAUUUCAACAACAGGAGAUAGACCGGAUCACUAUACUGCGCAACUCGCUCUGGGUUCAUUCUAACCAGUUCUCUAUGCAGUGUGUGAAGGAUGAUGAGAUGCUGGAUGUUGUCAGACAGAGCCUGGAAAAGUGUGAUGUGGACAUAGAGAUGAAUCUGUUCAUUGAGGCUAAAACCACAGGAAUAACUCCUCCCGCUCCUGUACUGUAUGAGAGCUAUGGUAAUGAUUAUAGACCAGGGAGCAGUAAUGGACACAGUCUUCACGCUGGCAGUAAUAAGAUGAUAAAAAGGAUUACUAAUCUGCUGCAUGGCUGCAGUGGGAGUAUCAGGAACCUGGAAGACCUCAACACUAGUAAGCCCCUAGUGACAGGUGAUUCAGAAUAUGCCAGUAUCCCCAUAGUUCCUAGGACGGAAUCCGAUGAGUUGGACACAGAAUGCCAAGAGUACACAGUGCUGUAUGAUUACAGUGGGCAGAACAGUGAUGAGCUGGAUAUUAGUGCUGGAGACACAGUUCGGGUAAUAGAGGAAGGAGAAGAUGGCUGGUGGACCGUGGAGAGUAAUGGACAUACAGGGCUGGUGCCAGCAACCUACAUUGGCAAGCUUUGAGUUACGGAAUCCGAAGCUAGAAUUAUUGGAGGACGUAUUGGGGGUGAUUCAGAGGAUUUCCCACGGGGCGUGCAUCCGGGCCGUACUGUGCAUGCAGCGCAGUGGUUACCGCACAGAGAUGCAGAUACAAAUUGCAUGGAGAUCCCUGCAAUUUUGAUGGGUAUUUCUGGUUAGUAACUGGAGUUGUGGCUACGAGUUGCGUCUGUGUCGGUGUUGCACUGACGCAAAUUGUCAUAGUCAGUGACAAUGGGACAUUCUGUAUCUGCUAUAGGCAGGUGCAAUGUCCGAUGGUUCGGCCGAUAGUGCAUCUUUGUAAGCACAUCAGCGGAAUCACGACGCAGCCAGUGGGCAUCUCAGUAGGAUGCCCAUCAGCCACAGCAUUACCAUAAAGAUGCAGUAGCAGCUGCACCAAAUGACCCCGCCAUUGCUGCAACUAUGUCCACCUCUGAAUCUCCCUCCCCCAUUAUGUAGCCCCCUAGAUGGGUUGUUAAUUGUGCCACUGCUGCCACUUAUGUUUGUAAUCAAUAUUUAACACAGAAGCUGAUGGCAAGAAGCGUGUCACUGUCACUAAUCCGUAUUACAGCGGCACUGCGCAGUAUUCACAUAUUCAUCAUACAGAUGUGUAUUCAUAUUGACAGUAGAGAAACUUUGAACAGUGUAAAGGAAAACUAUAAAUCCACAUUGCUAGGUUUCUUAAUGUUGUGUAACAUUAAAUAUAAUUGCAAAUUUCAACAUAUUUAAUUAGAAACAUUUGCGUUGUGCCUAAAUUUUAUUUUUUGUUCUGUAUACUGGUUCUGUUCAAUUAAUUUAGUCAACAAUCUUCUUCCCAAAUUUCUGUAGGUGUAUGUGGUCCACCCAUCGCAGGCCAAGGCCGCUCAGCAUGCUAACCACUGCCCAUCUCCCCGUGACCACGCACUAAUUGCGAUUGCGAUGCAUUUAAUGUGCGGUCGCAGAAAGUAGGGAAGGCUGAGACGGCAGGAGAUCCGCCGCCAUCUUUUUGAUCAGAGCGGCAGCGUGUGACAUCAUGCAGCUGCCCCAACCAUGCCCACGCCACGCCCCCUGUUCGGAUUCUGCCACCCUCCGUUUCCCUGCCUCCUGUGCAUGCGCCCACCAUCGAACACAAAAAUUCCAGUUGGAUCGUGAUUUGCUAUCCAACCUGACUUAGGCCAAUAGGGGGUCAUUCCGAGUUGCUUGCUCGCUGACAAAAAAAUGGCAUUUAUGCACAUGCGUAUGCCCCACAAUGCGCACGCGCGACGUACGGGUACAAAGCCGUACAAGUGGUUGUGCUCAGGUUCUAGCGAACCAGCCGCAAGAAGGUUGACAGGAAGGGGGCCUGAUCUGUAAAGUGUUACAUGGCAUGUCAGGCAUAACUUUCAAGACACACUUCUCACCAGGAAGACUGGCACAAUGUUUCUUCAUACACCAAAGAGAUCACAAUAAAUGUCUCACUUCAGUUGCAAUACUGGGAUUAUACAGUAGGUGGCAUCUGUACUCUAUGUAUAUCACCUCUAUCUAACAUUAUAAAGUUGAAAGUUCAAAUCUACCUUUUAUAUACUAGAAAUAUGCCAAUCAGUAAUAACAUCAGCAGGCAUUCUUAUGAAAGAUAAGUGUUAUAGGUAAAAGAGAAGAAGGAAAGUAAUCUCUAUGUGAGGAACUCGACUAGAUAAGUGAAACAGAAAUUCUGUGUAAAACGGAACAUUUAUUGGGUAUGUAAAAGGUAUGUGUACUCACACAAGCGCAACCAGGCAGACACAAACCACAGAAAAGAACAUACAUAUAGAGUAAUAACAGGUACUGUUAAAACACCGGAGCCCAAAUUGGACCUCAGUUGCUGAAAACAAAUGCAUGAACGGGUUAAAAAUAGGGGCUGAUUUAUCACCAUCCGUAGAAAAGAAAAAUUGUAGCAGGGAUCAGUUUCUUGGGGUGCACUCCAUCCCAUUUACAAAUAAUUUAAUAAUUUCAUAGAUUCGUUACUGAGUACAUAUUCUCAAACAGAGAUGACCAAUAUCCACGUGGAAUAUUCCUAAUUUAUGUUCCACCUAUGAUACUAUUAUGGCCUAAUUAUUCGAUCAUACUAAAGCGAAAUAUUUAAAAACAAUAUAGAAAUAGAAAAACGUGAAGAAAAGAAAAUCUUUAUUAGACAGAUUUCUGUCUUGUGUAUAAAUAAAAUAUAAUUAAAACCAA